AUGUUGAAUGGAGACAAUCCAAAGGUGAAAGAAGACGGUUGGAGUAGUGUAGGAGGAGAAGAAACAGCUAUGAUUUUAGAAUCCAUAGAAGCUAGUAGGGAUGAAGCAAACCCAAGCACGAUCGACAAAUCUCUCACCCUGAUGAAAGCGAAAAAAAAUGCAAGUGAGAAAGAGGAAGAGGAGGAAUCAGGUGAAGUAGGAGAAGUAGGAGAAGACAACAAAAGAGAAGGAGAGAAGGAUGGCGGGGACGAAGAGAAGGAAGUCGGAGAAGAGGUGAAGGAACCCAAAGAAGAAGAGAAGGAGCCCAAAGAAGGAGAUGAAAUGGAGCCCCGAAGAAAUGACGAAGAAGCUGAAGGAAGGACUACCCAAUUAUCAGUACGAGAACAUGAAACUGAGUCGCAUGUAGAGAUGUACCAACUUUGUAAAGCCAAGACAAACUUCAACUUUAUGAUUGCUUAA